CUUACAACUGGCACUUCCAAACGGAGCAACAUCGGCUGUCAGCCACCUCUCCUGGGCUGUUGCCUGCUGAGACUUGCGCGGACAACAGAAAAGACACAGACGCCAGCGCCAUGGACAAACGCCACCGAAGCACGUAUCGCCACUUGUAGUUUGCCCACCGGCAGUCCAGCGCCGCUCAGCAAUGCAAAACUGUUUCGUGCAUCGCGUGUCCAGUUACCUCACCGUGCAUGCGGCACCAUGGGUCUCUCGGGCCUCCUCGGCGCCUCCUCGAGCGACCGUUCCGUGAGCCCAAAGAACACGGCUUCGACCAGCGCCGCUUUGUCCCGGUCCCCGUCCCCAUCCCACCCCGGCCCGACACAGCCCGAGCACAUCGUAGAUGAGGCCGAUCUGCCGCCUGUUGACCCCGAACCCCCCGAUCUGCGGGAGCUGAAUGCGUGCCUCGGCGCCCUUGCCGCCGUCUUCCCCGAUGUCCAGAUCGAGGUGUUCCGCGAGAUGUUCGCCAGCUUCAGCGGCGAAUCGAGGCUCGCGCUGGUCGCCGACGCGCUGCUGAAGAACCGCGUCUCUUGGGUCAAGGGGCGGUGGAAGGUGUCGGCGAAUGACGGCCGAACGGAGGAGGUCGUUGUCCCGAAGAAGGAACUGUUCAGGAGUCCCGAGUACAAGCAGGCCGUCAUGAGCCUCGCUUGGCAUGAGUUCAAGGGGCUGUCGCGCUCCACCAUCAACGCCGUCCUGGCCGAGCACAACUACUCGUACCUCGACGCCCGGCAGACCCUGGUCGACCUGUCGUCGAAGUCGUGGCGGUUUACGAUAUCCUCGCUCUUCCUACGGCGGAAGCCCGUGUCGGCCCGCGACGCCGAGAACCAUCCGCUGGUGGUGUGGAAGCCGGCUGGCCAGGGGUCCGUGGUGCCCUCGCUCAAAUCGACGGGCAACGCCGAGCUCGACCGCGAGCUCUUCGACGCGCUCGUCGCGCCCCUGGCGGAACGCAUUCGGGCUGAGCGCGAAACGAAGGACCGGGAGGUGGCGGCGAAGCUGAACAGCGAGGAGGCGGAGAAGGCCGACAGCCUGAUCGAGUGUGCCUGCUGCUUCACCGAGUCCACGUUUGAAGAGUUCACGGCGUGCACCGCCAACGGACACCUGAUAUGUUUCCGGUGCGUGCAGCACUCGAUAUCCGAGGCCGUGUUCGGGCAGGGCUGGCAACGAAGCAUCAACAAGGAGACGGGCACGCUCCGCUGUCCUGCCGUCGAGUCGGAGGACUGCCGGGGCUGCAUCCCCCAGGACCACAUGCUUCGGGCGAUGCUGCAAGAGAAGAAGGGCGCCGAGAUCUUGCACAAGCUGGAGCAGCGCCUUGCCGACCAGAGCCUCUUGUCGAGCAAUCUGCCGCUCAUCCGCUGCCCGUUCUGCGAGUACGCCGAGGUCGACGACAUCUACCUCCCGGCCAGCGAGACGGACCUGCGACCCCGAAUAGACAAUAUCACCAGUCUCGUCUUGAUUUUCUGCAUCAUCUGCUGCAGCCCGAUUCUGUUCGCCCUUCUUCUCCUUUCCUCCCUGGUCGCCGUCCUCGCCAACUCGAAGGAGACUUUCGGCGACCAACUCAUAACCGCGCUCCGCGAGGCGCUCGUCCGCCGGCGGCGGCGUCGCCGCGGCCUCCGAUUCCAGUGCCGGAACCCGGACUGCCAGCGGGCGUCCUGCCUCAGUUGCCAGAAGGCGUGGGUGGACGUGCACGUGUGCAACGAGUCGUCGCUCGUGGCGUUACGCACGCAGGUCGAGCAAGCCAUGAGCAUGGCGGUCAAGCGGGUGUGCCCGCGCUGCAACACGUCGUUCGUCAAGACGGCCGGCUGCAACAAGCUGACGUGCCCGUGCGGCUACAAGAUGUGCUACGUCUGCCGCAAGGACAUCGGUGGCACCGGCGACGGGCCCGACGUCGGGUACCGCCACUUCUGCGAGCACUUCCGGCCCGAGGGCGACGCGCGCAAGUGCAGCCAGUGCAGCAAGUGCAACCUGUGGGAGUCGGAGGACACGGAAGAGGUGCUGCGGAAGGCCAAGGAGGAGGCGGAGCGCAGGUGGAUGGCGACGGAGAAGAGGGACCUGUCCGGCGCGGAGAGGGCGUUCUUGGAGACGGGCCUGCCGUCGCAACCGGCCGCGCGAGGAGGGGUCGGCGCGCUUCUGCGGCGGAAGGGCCAGCCGCCGACGCUGGCGGACUUCUGCGACAUGGUUCUGGACACUGUACUUGUAUGAUUUCAUUGGGAAUACGGAGGGCGUGGGCGUUGGCAUAGGCAUUAGCGGUGCGGGAGUUUACGGCGAUACCCGGGAAAACAGGACGCUUGGCUACUAUCAUCCCAUCAAGCAUGAAUCGGUUCAUCAUGGAAAAUAAGUACGGUACCUUAUUCAUACGGAAUGGGCUGCAAUUCCGCUUUACUACCGUUCCUCUGAGAUAUUGUGGCGGCAUACAUGGGAGUUGCAGCUGUCGAUAUAGCGAUAUUACAUAAUCCAGCUUUACUGUGCA